CAGGAGGCAGAAAUUUGCCUGGCUGCAGUCGGUCAGAUUUUUCAAGGCGGCUGCUGAAGACCUGCUGUUCGUCGCACCGCGGCCGUAAUGAAUCUGCAGUAGUGGCUGGUAGUCCGCAACCACUAAUUUUACCAGAUUACGUAAUCACCAUUGUUACAAUUGCUAGUCCGUAAAACGGCCGUCAUAGCCAAUUUAUUGCCAUAUCGGCUCGACUGGUUCGAAUCCCGACCGUCGAAAGGGUUGCAGAUUCAGCGAUUGCCGCACGUCCUGAUUUCGACGCGCGAUUUUAAAGGGUUUUUGGAAUGGCGGGACCAUGGGCGUGGGCCGCUUUGGUCGCUAUCCCCGUGAUAGUGGCUUCGUUUGAGAUCGUCGCGUGGGCUUUCCGGCCAAAGCGAAUCUCUCUGAAGGGAAAGGCGGUGCUGGUAGUGGGCGGGUCUAGCGGCAUCGGGCUCUGCAUGGCAGAGUUGGCUGUGAAGCAGGGGGCGAGAGUGGCGAUUGUUGCACGCAACAAGGAGCGACUGGCGUCAGCACACAAGCAGUUGGAGGCCCUACUACCGCCAGACGCUCCCUCUGCUGAUUUCCUCCUGUCUGUAGCGGCCGAUGCAGCGAAUCCAGACGAUGCGAGGAGAGCCGUUGAUCAGGCGGUGGCCGCGUUUGGACGGCUGGAUGCGGUGAUCUGCUGCCAAGGGCAGAGCACUCCGCACCCGUUCGAAUUCGACACAGUGGAAAACCAACAGCAGAGCACCCCGCCUGCACACCUUCGACUUCGAUACAGUGGAGAACCAACAGCAGGUGAGUGAGUGGUUGUAAUCAGUAGCAGGCGAGUGCUUAUAGCGAAAGGCAGGUGGAAAAGCAACAGCGGGUGAGUGAUUGGUUAGGUUCAGCUGCGGGUGAGUGAUUGGUUAGGUUCAGCUGCGGGUGAGUGAUUGGUUAGGUUCAGCUGCGGGUGAGUGAUUGGUUAGGUUCAGCUGCGGGUGAGUGAUUGGUUAGGUUCGGCUGCGGGUUCAGCCGCGGGUGAGUGGUUGGUUAGGUUCAGCCGCGGGUGAGUGGCUGGUUAGAAUGAGGGGCAGGCAAGUGCUUGUAGCGAAGAGCAGGGUAUUGCGAAGGAAAACAGGAAUGUGUGGAUGGGAUCUGCUGCCAGGGGUAGGGCACUCCACGGCCCUUAAAAGUGGAUACUCUGGAGAACCAGCAGCUGGCGAGUGAUUGGUUACAAUCAGUGGCAGGGGAUUGCUUAUAGCGAAAGGCAGGGUAUUGUAAAGGAAUGCAGGGGUGUGGGGAUCUGCUGCCAGGGGUAGGGCACUCCGUGUGUAACGAGUCGAUUUUUUAGUCGACUCAAAAAUCGACUCAUUACUCAAGGCAGGGUAUUGUGAAGGAAUGCAGGGAUGUGGGGAUCUGCUGCCAGGAGUAGGGCACUCCACGCCCCUUGGAAUUGGAUACAGUGGAGAACCAGCAGCAGGUGAGGUGAGUGGUUCUAGGGAAUGCAGGGGAGUGGGAAUGAAUCGGAGAGUGGUGUGCAGGGGUGCGGAGGUGUGGAGGUGUGCCAACAGGAGCAGCGAACACCACUCCCCUGCAAACUCGAUGCACUGGAGAACCAGAAGCUGCUGAGUGGUUCGACGGAAUGCAGGGGAGUGUGAAUGAAUGGGAGAGUGGUAUGAAGGGGUGAGGAGGUGUGCCAACAGGAGCAGCAAACACCACUCUCCUGCAAACCCGAUACAGU